AUGGAAGAAGAGAUAGGUGCAGCUAGGGAAUGGGAGAUUGCACAGCAAUUAGUAGAGAAGAAAGCCCAAGUCAAGGUCUCGGUGGCUUUGCCCCAGAUGAAGGUAGUCGCUCAAUCUGAUGCGGCUUGGUCCAAAUCAUCACUCAAUGCAGGACUAGGGUGGGUCGUUUCGACACCCGAGAAUCACACAGAAGGAAGCAGAAGCGCUAGCUUCAUCCCAUCAGUGUUGAUUGCAGAAGGACUGGCGCUUAGAGAAGGAGUUGAAGCUUGCCGUUCCCUAGGAGUUAAGGAAGUGAGAUUUGAAUCUGAUUCAGCACAAUUGAUUAAAGCCAUCAACAGGAAGGAACCCCCUUUGGAGAUUUAUGGUAUUGUGUCGGAUAUCCUAGCUUUGUCUAUAGAAUUUGAUGUUGUUGUUUUUGUUUAG